AUGGACUUGCUUCUGGCAGCCUUACUCAAAUUAAGAGUGACUCCAUGUUCCCCCGGUUUUUCUCCUUAUGAAAUUACCUAUGGGAGGCCCCCUUCCGUAGUGAGACAGGUGUCAGCAAAUCUGCCACAGGGGAGGUUCAAAAGAAAUAUGCCCAAAAAAUUGGAGAAGAAAAGACAAGAGCUUUUCGCCAAGGCCAAGCAGAGACAUCAUGACAAAUCUGUACUUCCUCUGAGGCUGACCAGAUGCACUUUCCAGAAGCCAGUCACAAGGAUACCCUCCCAUCCUGGAGAUGUGGUCAGGCACCGCUGA